AGCUUCGCUGCGUGCUUCCAGAAGGCGGCCACGAACAAGGGAAGCGAUCAGAAGAUUGAAUGAGGAUGGCGGAGAAGGUUGCAAUGAUUGAGAGUCAGUGAGACGCCUGUGAGCGAGAUUCGCGACUUGUUCUUCGUCUAGUGGUGAGCGAAAGAGUCAAAUAGUCGCGGGUUGUGACGAUUCCACGACCCACUUCAUCACCCCUCACUCAUCCUGUCUCCUUCCUCGAUCAUGCAAUUCACCCUCUCGACCACGCUCGCCCUUCUGGCCCUCGCCUCUUCCAGCGUGGCCACGACGUCCUGCCUGACUCACUUUGGCAAGCACGAGUCCUCUCAAUCCUUUACCUUCGAAGGGUCCCUUUCGUCCAAGAACUGCUUCGGCGCAGUCGGCAAGCCGUGGGAGCACAACUCCAAGCCCGGAUGGGACUGCGGUAAGAAGCCCGCCGGCAGCGUCCCCAAGUGGGACGGCGGUGACUCGGCGUGGUGCAGCAGCGCCAAGCAUCGCAAGCACGACUUCUGCAAGAAGGGUAACCCGUGCACCGAGUUGCCCAAGCCUGUUGACCCGGCCAAUUGGGGCAAGAAGGGGUCGCACGACUGGCCGAAGCCCAAGCACCCAAAGCACAAGAAGCCUGAGCAUGGGAAGCCCGCGCCCAAGCACCCUGAUCACCCCAAGCACCCUGAACACCCCAAGCACCCCGCUUCCAGCAAGCCGGCGCCUAGCCAUCCUGCGACCACCAAGUCAGCGUCGAAGGAGCACGCCUCCAGCUCUUCCGCUCCUGUCUCGACCACGAAGAAUGCCCACCCUCACCCUCACCCUCACCCUCAUCCCACGGCCUCCCACUCAACGACUGCGGCCCCUCCCGCGCCGACGGGCCCUACCUGCACCUCGGGCUACCAGCUCGUAGGCCGCAAUCUGACCACCGUCGCCGACUCUGGCGUCUACUUCGGCCAGACGGUCGGUGUUGCCAUCCGAGACGACCCCCAUUACCUGACGUACGGUCUUGCUGACAAGCACGAGGAUUGCCUCAAGGCCUGCGACCAAGUAGCGGGCUGCGUCUUCGUCAACGCCUACCUCGACGUGCAAGAAGACGGUACCGACGACCCUGUCCCCGAGAAGCACAGCGGCAAGUACACCUGCGCCCUGUUCUCGGCUUGCAGCGACAAGAGCAAGGCCGACAACUUUGGCGGGCAGAACGACCCCAACUACAUCACCGACUCGAACAUCUACUGCAAGACUGGGGCGUGCAAGGCGUGAGCGUGGGAAGGGGUGGCAUCGAGCGUAUCGCUCUGCCAUGACGUGACGUGGCUUUUCGUUUUCAUCUUGACCUCUUGAAUGAUAUCCAAUU